AUGCGGGAUUUUGAACUUUGGCUGCUUGCGAUUAGAAGAGCUUUUCGGUUGGAUGGUGUUGGGGUCGCGGGGUGUAGGCGUGCGGACCGCCUUCGACGCGGCACGCGGCUUAGAGCGCGGCGGCGCGUGCUCGGGGCAGUAAUGGUGAUGGAGCGGCUGGCGGACUUCGUCAGCAAGUCGCUGGAGGGCGGCGAGGCGCCGACGCCGCCGCCGGAGCCCGGGGAGGCUGCAGACGAGGAGGUGGACAUCACGGCGCUGGAGGAGAGACCGCCGCCGGCGAAGAGGCCCCGCAACUGGCUCAUCUCGCCCGUGCCCGCGAGGAACUGCAAAAAGGAGGCGGACGAAGACGACGAGCCCCGCCACGGCAAGUACAUAACGGAAAAGUGCCCUAAUGGUGCUGUGAGCAACGGUGGCGGGAAGCAGCGUCGCUCGAGGACGAACUUCACUCUGGAGCAAUUGGGAGAGUUGGAGAGGCUGUUCGACGAGACCCACUACCCCGAUGCGUUCAUGAGGGAAGAGCUGAGCCAACGGCUUGGCCUGAGCGAGGCCAGAGUUCAGGUGAGUCGAUCU